UACAUAUUGUAGCUGUGUAUAUUUACAUAUACACACAUACAUAAAUGUAUGUAUACAAAUAUGUAUGUAUAUGCACGUGUAUAUGUAGAUGCGGUGCGGUAUUUUGUACAUGUACAGUAUAUUUUAAAAGACGGCAAAUAAGAAUAAGUGAAUUUGAAAGAAGGAAAUCGAAAAGGAUCGAUACUUACGGAUCACCAUCGGGAUUAUAUAUUUUUAAAUGAAAACCCACACAAACCGCCACCAAAAGUAUUUUUGCUGAAACCAUAAAGCCGUUACGGUGUUGUCAACGCUGUUUUGUGAGCCGAAAAUAUGCAUGUUCACUUUGAACAGAACAACUCAACCCGUUGCGACUGCACUGUGCAGUGUUUGUCGUGGAUGGGUAAAGUGCCCGAUGGCAUUCCAGAUGCCGACUGUUGGAAGUUAAAUCGUGCAGAGUAUUACAUGGAGGGAUGGUUGGCUUCGGGCAACGCCAGUGCUGUAGUUGGAGUUACCUUUACCACAAGUCACUGUCGGAAGUACGAUGCACCUACCAGGUCUAAUUUUAACCUCAGAGGACAUCGCAGCGAGGUUGUUCUUGUAAGAUGGAAUGAGCCAUAUCAAAAAUUGGCUACUUGUGAUGCACAUGGUAUCAUUUUUGUGUGGAUAAAACAUGAAGGUCGUUGGUCAAUUGAACUUAUCAAUGACCGUAACAGCAAGGUCACUGACUUUGCAUGGUCACAUGAUGGCCGUAUGGCACUUAUAUGCUACUGGGAUGGUUUUGUACUUGUGGGAUCUGUUGCUGGGCAACGAUAUUGGUCAUCCAUGCUGAAUUUGGACAAUGCCUCUAUAACUUGUGGUGUUUGGUCACCUGAUGAUCAAAAGGUGAUGUUUGGGACAUCUGAUGGACAAAUAAUUGUAAUGAGUUCUACUGGAGCAAUGUUAACUCAGGUGAUGGUUCUUGAAGGGGCUGAGAUUGGAGCUAUGUCGUGGUCCUGUGAAAAGUUCAACAUGGAUGAGGCAGAAGCUAACAAAACUGAAAAAUAUAUCCAUCCUAAUAUCAAUAUUAAUAAAUCCUACACAUUAGCUCUGUCCUUCAAAGUUGGAACUAUUUACCUGAUGUCAACUUACGAUGAUGUAUGUCCAAGAAUUAUUCAUACAAAACUUACUGGAGUCAAAAUGGACUGGUCCAACUGCGGUGAGUACUUAGCAGUGGCUGGUUUUGUACGACUUCCAAAUCUAUACUGUCGAAAUGAGCUACAUUUCUAUAGCAAAGAUGGAAAACUUUUACAUCGUGUGGUUGUACCCUCUCAGGGAAGAGUCUCUGCUGAGUGUGCUGACGGAGAAAAUCCAGAAAUGCAAGGAAGACCAGUGACUGCUCUGACAUGGGGCCACAAUGACCGCAGGUUGUUUAUAGCAUCAGGCUGUGAGAUUUAUGUAGCUUGGAUUAGCAAGAUAGUGCCCCCACUCCAGUUUUAUUGCCAAAGAACUAUACAGAAAGCCAUUCGAGAAGAAAAUAAACUCAGGAAAUUACCUUUACCAAGUAAACUUAGAAAUGGUGUGAAGGCACUGUUCUCUCCCACAGUGAAGAGUUACAUUCCAGAUCCAUUCAAGCUCCGGGAGUUUGUGAGUAUUCCACCCCCCGGGAAUGAGCGUUUAUACUGCACAAUGCUUCGGCAUGGAGAGGAGACAUCUGGAGGUCACUACACAUUGUAUCUGGAGUACCUUGGAGGUUUAGUCCCUUUGCUCAAAGGAAAACGCACCAGUAAACUAAGGCCUGAUUUUGUCAUUUUUGAUCCCAAAAUCAAAACAUUCCAAAAAGAUGACCUUGGCCAAAUUCACAGCACGGAAGGCAGCUCAGACUCAGAUUCUGAUACAGAUAUUUCUGCAGAUGGAUGUGGAUCACCCAGAAUGCAACGAAGGAAGCGACAGAAGCACUUUCGAGCUGAGAAAGUCGAAAGAAGUAUAACUUUCCGGACAUUAGAUGAACUUCUGUAUAACGAUAACCUUCCAGAAAAUAACCGCCUUGUACAGGUUUCAUCAAAUAUCUGGGGUACAAAAUUUGGAAUUUUGGGUGUGGCCCACUCAUUGCCUGAAGACUUGGGUCAAGUGCUCUAUAAAACCAGUUUACUACAUCUUCAACCAAGACAAAUGACUGUCACGGUGACAGAGCUUCUUGGAGAUACACAAGCUUUAUCACGCGACCCUAACUUCACUCCUGCUGGGUGUGGUGAGGAAGAUGAAGAUGGACCCUGGCUUGAAAUUGUCAGUGUUGUUGGUGGAGCCACAGUACCAGAUGUUAGCAUCAUUCCAGAAUCUUCUAUUGAUCCUAACUCAAGGAUAGCUGCACACUAUCCAAUGGAACCAUUUGGAACAAAUUCUAUAGGUAAUCAUAUUGAAUCUCCAAUUAUUAUUGACCGGGAAAGCUUAGCAGCAAAAUCUUCUGAAGGACCAAAUUUCACAGGUUUUCCUGCCAAUAAAACCAACCAACUCCAACCUGCUAAAAUCUCUCAGGUGAGCAUGAAUCCACGUGAUAUACACUUUGAGACAGCAAAUAACUGUAUAGUGAACUCUAACAGCAGUGAUGGAGUAAUAUCAAAAGAUGGUUAUCAAUGUUUAGGAGCAAGACCAAAAGUUCCUACUAAUGCAAACCCACCUAAAAUUACACUGGAUACAGGGCAACAGAGCCUUGUACUCAGUGAAGGUUCUAAACAACCAAAAACUGAAUUAGAAGAAAUUUUACGAACUGACAUGUCUGAUGAUAUGCCACGCUGGGCUGAUCCAGCACGUCAGAGUCUUAGGUACAUUGAUGAUGAGGGUGGUGAUAACUCUGAGCUGCCAUUAGAAGCAAACACUAUUCAGGACUGUAGCCAAUUAGUCCCUGUUACUGCCAGAGAAAACCAACCUCGUUUGUAUUUUGCUCAUCAGGACUCCCUCCCAGACAGUGACACUUUAGAAAAACCAUCCCCGUUUGCUCAUUAUUACCGAACAAGCAUAGACUCAACUACUACUGAAGAUGAUAGUGCAUCAGAAAGUACAUGCAGCCCCCAUCAUUCCCCAAUCAAAAGAACUCUUAAAAAGCAUGGUUCAGUUGAUACAGGAAUCAAUAUUUUAUCAGAUUCAGUAAAAGAAUCAACUCUAAAUCGAGGACUAUCAAGCCAAGAAAUCAAACAGAGCGCUUCUCUGCCUUCAUCACCUGUUCGUCGAAGUCCAAAGAUGGACACACCUACACGAAGACUAAGAGAGGAAGUGUUACGUGGUAAAAGCAAACAUUAUAGCCCAGUUUUAGGCAAAAAACAGCAUCGUUACUUGAGGCUAUUAGACAGCUCUGAAGAAGAUCUGUCCUGCAGUGCUGAUGAAAAUGCAAAAGUCAUUCACAGUUUCAAAGAUCUAGAAUCAUUCCAAAAAGCACAACUUCGGCAAAAGGCUUUUGCAGAACAAUUAAAUAGAAACAGUGAAAGCAUGGAGCAGCCCUGCAAGCAAUCAAGGGUAGAUAACUGGCAAGAGAUUCGAAAAGCACGACGUCGGGGUGAACCUCGACGCAUGGGUUCCAGUACUGUUUGUGCAGGACGUCAGUUUGUUAUGUACAAUAAAGCACCGUUAUGGAAUGAAGGUAGUCAAGUGUAUCAGUUAGACUUCGGAGGGCGUGUGACACAGGAAUCAGCCAAAAAUUUUCAAAUUGAGUUUAGAGGACGUCAGGUAAUGCAGUUUGGAAGAAUUGACAGCAAUGCAUAUACCUUGGAUUUUCAAUAUCCCUUCACUGCCUUGCAGGCUUUUGCCGUAGCUUUGGCGAAUGUUACUCAGAGACUCAAGUAACUUUGUCUGAUGCACGCACAACAACUUAACAAAGCACACACAUACACAACCCCAUGCGUAUACAUAUACUGUGGAACCAUGUUCAACUGACCAAGCAGCUUCCCUGCUAUAUAAUUAAUUACUGCCUGUGUUAAUUGGUCUUAUCUCUCCAGACCACUUAGCCACAAUGGAUAAUGGAGAGUUAGCUUUGCUUAAUGACAGUGUUCACUGAUGAAAACUAAUAAAAAAGUAAAUUGUAAAUCCAAAAACAUAAAUGUAAUCUCAACAAACCUUUAUGACUGUUCAAAUAAUGUUGUCUGUGAAAAACUGGAAGAAAAGAGUAAGUGUUUUAGACUGAUGAGAUAUUACAAUGACAUUAGUGUGAAGCAGGUGGUAUUUUUCGUCAAGUUCUUAUAUUCUUUUUUGUGAUACAUUUUUCUUUCAUUUUAUUUUUCAUUUCCUUUUUAUUCAUAGCAAGCAUCUCCAGACAUAUUAGCUCUUUAAAAGAAUAUGAAUCUGAAUGAAAAGAGGAAGGAAAAAAAAAAGCAAAACUAAAUCUAAAAAUAGAAUUUGCUGGCUGACUACUUAUGUAUUUAUUUAAAAUUACAUAAGUGGCAAAUGGAGAAGGAUGAGAGUUUGGACAGUUCUUAUUUAUUUAUUUAUAUAUUUAUUUAUUUAUAUAUUUAUUUAUUCGCUCAUUCAUUGAAUCACUCAUUUAUUUAUUUAUUCAUUCAUUCAUUCAUUUAUUUAUUUUGUGAGCUGUUUGAGGAAUUAGAAGUUAAACAUAUCAGACAUUGGUAAACCUAUUUCUGCACUGGCCUACUACUGUUUCUAUUGAAGUUUAUGUUUGAUGUGGACAGUAACUAAUCUCUGACAAGUCUUAUCAAUAUGAUUCUACUGUAGAUAUAAAGCACAAAUUUGCAGGACAUUUAAAUCGAAUUCCAAUAUAACAAAAUAGCUAAAAUAAUUUCAAAUGUUUUGACUAAAAAAAAAAAGAAAGAGAGGCAAAAGUAAUAUUUGUUCUAUCUUCAAAUCUUAAAAUAGAUUCUGUCCUGAUUAUUCAGAUUGAAAAUGAAAAUAUUUUCCUGCUUUUAUCAUCAUUAUUAUUAUUAUUAGUUCAUUGACAAAAUAAUAACAAUAAUAAUAAUAAUAAUACUCAAACAAACAAGGCCAUAUAUUUGUAAGAAUUUCAUCCAAUCCACUAAACCAUAUGCUACUCAAGUUAUUUUAGCAAUAUCUCCAGUGCUUAUCAGUGAAUAGGCUGUAAGUUGUAAAUGACCAGAAUGACUCUGCUCUGACUGUCUGGCCAUAAGUCUGUUGGUCAUAUACUUUAUGACAAGUACACUAAAUAUAUUGGUUCAGUUCAAACAUAACACCUCAAACUCAGAAGGAAUAUUUUCUAAUCUUUCACAGUAUUUUACGUAAUAAACAAAACUACAAAGUAUGAUAUUUCAGAAGAAUUUAUAGAUUCGUUUAUCCUUUUACUGACUUUAGUCAUUGGACUGCAGCCACGCUAAGAGACUACCACCUCUUCAAGGAUUUUUAGUCUAUACUAUCAGUCCACAGUUUUUAGAUAGAUACUCGUUUUAUUUAUCUCUAAGGGCAUCUAAGUUACAUCCUUUUUAAAGAAUUACCUCCCAUCUUACAGGUUUAAAUAUCACAAGGAAUUUUCACCAAUAUAUUCAACACAUACUUAUCUGUUUAUAUAUCUACAUGCAUGCAUACAUACAUAUUUGACAGGCUUCCAUACAGUUUCCAUCUAUCAAAUUUCAGUCAUAAAGCAUUGAUCGAUUUUGGUUUUUGCUGUGCAGGACACUUACUCAAGGUGCUGUAAAGUGGGAUUGAACCUAGAAUCAUGUGGCUGUGAAGUGAACUCAUAUGCACACACGUACACACAUGCAUGCAUACAUGCUUGUGUGUGUAAGUUAGUUUCUGUAACAUGCAGAUCACUAUCAUAAAACAUACCUAAGCUAGGUAAUAUAUAUAUGUGUGUGUGUACUUAUAUACAUAUCUGUAUAAAAUGUCUUAUUUGUUAUUUGGGAUGCUAGAAAUAGCAACCAAAUCUCCCUCAAUCAUAUCCCACCAUCUUAGAAAAGAAAAUGUGACCCUGAGUUCUCCUAUACACAUGGAAAAGACAGGAUGGCCAUAUGUUUGCUUAAUCAGGACUGACCUGAUGUUAGCAUUGACAACAACAAUAAGAAAAAUGUACCUCUUCUCUGGUUAUCUGGUUUCCUCUCAUCUUGGUCAAAAGCAUGAAACUUUUGGAAACUUAGAAGAUUAAUUUCUAAAUAUUUAAUUAGUAACUUUUCUAUGAUCGUUUCUGCUUGAUCAGAGCUGAUGAACAUCAACUAACAACUGGACACAAAGAAAAUCUUAUCUGAGACUGCUCUUGGUUCUAUAAUACAAAACUUACUCUUUUAAGGUGUUUAUAUUUAAAUUAAAACCUGCCAUUAUAAUUUUCAGUAAGGACCUUUUCUCAAAUAACAUUCCAGACACCAAAGUCAGUUACUAAAUUUCUCUAUAUUCUUCAUUAUUUUCAAAGACAAUGUACUUUAUUAAAAAUACAACAAAUUGGAUACCUGUAUCAACAUUGGAAUCAACAUUAAUAACUGUUCUAUCUGAUCUAUUCAAUGCUCACACCAGAAUAUGUUUAUAGAAUGAUAAUUCAGCACAAGAAUGUUAUUUGGAAAAUUCAAACAUUUAACUAAUUUGGAGCUAAUAGUAUUUUAUGAAAUUGAUAGUAUAUUGGUUUCAAAUUUUGGCACAAGGCCAGCAAGUUUGAGGGAGAGGGUAAGGCUAUUACAUCAAACCCAGUGCUCAACUGGUACUUAUUUUAUCAACCCCAAGAGUAUGAAAUGCACAGUAGAAAUUGGUGAGAUUAGAACUUGGAACAUAAAGACAGAUAAAAUGCAGCUAAGCAUUUUACCUGGUAUACUAAUUAUUCAGCAUGCUUGCACCUUAAAUUGAUAAAUAUAUUGAUAAAUUCAAUCAUUCUAGUCGAUUUAUAAUUAAUUUAAUUAGAUUUAUAAGGAUUCAAAUACUACAUCUAUAGCAUAGCAGUCCUAAAAGCUUCAAUUCUACAAUAGUUACUUCAAUUGUUAUUUAUUUAGCUACAUACAUACACAAUAGGAUUAAGAUGAUAUUUUAAAAGAAAUUUCUUGAAAGCAUACAACUAUCCAUUUAUAGAACAUUUCUGUUUCUACAAAACCCAUUCACAAAACCUGAAAAUAUGAUUUAAAAAGAUAAUUAAAAAAUUAAACACAAUACCAAAAUAGAUAAUGCAUCUAUUAUCAUGUAUAUGAAAUAUAAAUAUAUAUGUAUUAAGGGAUCCAUUUUGACUAAAAAGGAUAUGUUGUAAGAACUCUCUUACAUGAUUAAUUGAAACACAUGUAUUAAAUACAUUCAAAAAUAUUAGCAUUUAGUUUUAUCUUUAUUAUAUGUGUGUGUGUGUGUAGAUUCCAUUUGAGUUUUAACCUUGGAGUUUGCUUUAUUAAGCCCAUCCACAGGUACUGGCUAUCAGAUAUAAAAUAUAAACCAGAACUGGAUAGUUUUGCUGAUGAUAUAUCUGAAAUCUGUAAAUAUCAAAUAAAUAUUAAUAAGGAAAAUGGAGCAAGCAAUUUGUUCUUUUACAUUAUAUAGUUAAUUGCUCACCCUUUUCACCUUGUUAAUGUAUAUACAUACAUAGCAUAUACAGGCUUGUAAUGAAAAUAUGAAGGAAAUGAUUAUCAAUCAAUAAAGUUUAUUAAUCCAAAUACAAAAUAUAUUUCAUCCCAUACCAAAAUUAUAAAGUAAUCCUGAUAAAAUGACAUAUUACACAACUCCAGUACAAAAGUAGCUUAUGCUGCUUAGUAUGCAAUAACUGAAUAAGUGAAUGAAAGGAACAAAAGAAGCAGUUAUGCAAUAGACAUGUUUCAGAAAUGCAUGGUAUCUGUAUUACAUAACAUUAAAGCUGUUACAUAUUUCUACCAUACACCUCAUCUUUUGGUGAACUUUGCUCAUGUUGUGAUAUCAUUUUUAAACGUUACAUAAUACAGGCUCUAUGCAUUUCCAAAACAUGUGUAACACAUAACUACUUCUUCCAUUCCUUUCAUUUACUUUAUAUAUUUAUCUGUGUGUGUGAGGCUCCAAUGAAGCUAUAAGGUACCCAACUAUGAGUCCACUGCAUCUUAGAGUAGAAACAGCUGUAGGCUAAUACAGUUCCUUUGUCAUCAACUAGUAGAAUGUUAUAAAAGUAACUGAAAGACUGUGAGUUUGGUGCAUAUCACUUAUCAAAUAAUAAAAUGGUAAAAUAAUAGAAAUACAUAUAUUCAUAUAUAGGAUUUUCUUUCUCCUAUUGUACUAAACCUGCACACACACACACACACACAUACAUACACACACGUGUAUAUAUAUUUAUGUAUGUGUCUGUGAAGGGAGAGAGGGAAGGAGGGAGCAUGACUACCGUAGAAGACCCAUGCUGACG